ACAUUCAACCUAUCCACUGAACAACUCCAUCAAUCACCCGAGAAGACAAAGUCAAUGCCUGUGAAGAAGAAGCAGACCCAAGAACGUCGACGCUCGACGCGUAUACAGCACCAGGAGGAAGAAAAAAGACAAGAAGAUCAGAAAAAGAGAACUAAUCUUAAAGAUUUAUUGAAAAGAAGUAACUCAUCAACUACAGCAACAGCUCCUUCCAAAGGGUCAAAAAGUUCAUCAAUUGAGCAAGAUGGAGACUUUGUGUUCAAGAGAACUGGCUCAUCUCAACCCGUAACUAAUGUGGAGAAACAAAAGAAGCCAACCUCAAAGAAAUCAACAACAAAGAAAGACACUAAAAAGCAAAUAAGAAGACUGAAUCCUGAAGAUGUCACCAUAACACCACAAAGAAAUGGGCCACCUAAAAAGAAGAGUCGAAAAGCACAGAGGGAUGACCAUUAUGAAGAACAUUCAACAUCUUUUCAAAUAUCGCUACCAAUAUCAGACACACCAAUUAUACGGAGAAAUCAAAAGUUAAGAAAAGAGAAUGAAAACGGUAUAAGGAGAUCCUCAUUAGGUAACAGGGGUAAAAGAGUUUCGUCAAUUGGUAAUGGAUUUUCAGCUGUUCCUCAUGAUAAAGUACCCACUAAUGAAUUUUAUAAACAUUUGGAUUCUGAUUUACCGGAUCCUCACAAAAUGAGACAAUUAUUAACAUGGGUUGCCAAAAGAGUGUUUGAUGAUGAUAAAAAUAAACAUAUCAAACGUAAAAAUAAAUUACCUACAGAGGAAAUUACAGCUUUGAAUAUUGCCAAAGUCAUCAAAGAAGAAUUAGUCAAAGAUUUAAGUGAUGGUAAAAUCAAUAUAAGUUGGUGGAAUAGACCUGAUGAAGAUGAUGAGGAUGAUACAAAUAAUGAUGAGAACAAAUUAGAGAAAACAUUAGUACCCAAUGAGAAAAAUGUUAAAAAUGCUAAAGUUUUGAAUGAAUUGAAAGAAAAAUUAGAGAUUUUGAAAAAAGAUACAUCAAAUUGGGAGAAAUACAUUAAUAAAAAGAUUGAUAUACCCACAGCCUCAAAUGAUUUAGAUUCAGCCCCAACAAUGACUAAUGAUGAACUUUGUAAGAAAAUCAUUGAUUCUUCUACAAUUUCAGAAAUUUCUUCAAUUGAAAACUCAACAUUUAAUGAUUUGAAUAAUAAUCUUGAAAAAUCAUUAGACAAUUUUAAUGAUUUUAUACAUACCCUGAAAUCAUCGUCUUCAAUUAGAUCAAGGUUUGUAAAAUUCAAAUCAAAACAAUUGGCUGAAAUAUUGGAUCAAACAUUUGAUGAUGAUACUAUAGAAUUGAUCAAGAAUAAUGAAGUUAAUAAAGAUGUUGAUACGCAUCAAUUGUUGAAAGGUAUUUCAAGGCUUGAUAAAUAG